AUGAGUCAAGACCAAACUUUAAGUGCUGGUAACUUUGUUCAACACUCACAAGUUAAUUUAAACGAAACGGCUGUGGAUGCUCCAGAAAUUGAGCCAGAAAUUGCUGAAGCCUCAACACCUAUUGCUGCCGGUACUAUCCACACUAAAAAAGUUCGUCUUGCCAAACAUCCAAUGAAUGCAACCCAAGCAAAAUAUCAUGAAUUUAAAACAAUUGAACAUUUCAAAGAAUACAAAUUAUAUUCUGAAGCUAAGGCAAAAGCUACUAAUAUGGCAGUAGUACGGGUUGUAGACGCAAACAUAAGGCCCAUGGUUACCUCUAUCCGUAGUUCGCCCGUUCUAUUAUCUACAAGGUUUAUUACUGAUUAUUUGGAUAAAGCUACUCUAGCUACUGUGAUUUUUACUGAAAGGUUUAUGCCUUGCAUGAAAAAGACUGGUUCACAAGAAAUUAUGAAGACCAUUACAUAUCCAAUUGUUUUACCUUUACGUUUAACAAAGGAUAUUAAGGAUGCUACUGUCGAAGUUACAACAUAUUUUAUCUAUAGGCCAUAUCACAAUCAGUUAGUGAGGUUUAGACAUUUUUACAAUAGGAGAUUCAUUGAUACUAAGAAUAAGCCAUUAAUUAGGGGGAAUCUUGAUCCAAUCAUCAGUCCUUUAAACAAUAAUAUUGAAAAGAUAGUUAAAGCACGCUUCCCAGAUAUGAUGGUCCAUCAUAAAGAGUCAUUCUGUUGUGAGACAUCAAGAAGUGCUUCAUUGGUUUAUGUCGUUACAAAAGGUACAAAAGCCUCUACCUUAAAACACAUGACAAAUAAAAUGAUGAUGCCUUGUAUGGCUGCUCACAAGGUUAAUGAAAUUUUUAAUAAACAUUUAGAUAAGCAAGAUGAUUUAAGGUUAAGAAGUGUUUUGAGAGCUUCAGAUGGUGCAUUUAAAGAAAUAGAAAAGGAAGCAAUAAACUAUUUAAGGAAUAAUCUCUUACCGAGGCGAUUUAAAAAGGAACAAACCGAAGUUCUAGUUGAAAUUCAAUCAAUUAAUGAGGAAUCCGAAUUCCAUAUCCUUCCAAUUGACGAACCAGCUGAAGCACAAGUACAAGCACAAGAAUCCCACAUCGCUGAAGACGUUGAAAAUCCGGAUCCGCUAAGAGAGGUGGACCAUUCUUCUGCUAAUAAUGAGUCUACUGAAAAUGCUACUUCUUUUCCUGUAAACCAACCAGUGGCAGUUUGA